UGGGCCUCGCUAGACGCCCGUCCGCUGCCCACCUGGUUUGACGAGGCCAAGUUCGGCGUCUUCAUCCACUGGGGCGUGUUCGCGGUGCCCAGCUUCGGCAGCGAGUGGUUCUGGUGGUACUGGCAGAAGGAAAAGAGGGAGCCCUAUGUGAAAUUUAUGAAGGCAAAUUACCCACCUGGGUUCAGUUAUGAAGAUUUUGGGCCACUGUUUACAGCAGAGUUCUUUGAUCCUAACCAGUGGGCAGAUAUUCUGAAGGCUUCAGGUGCAAAAUACGUUGUCUUAACUUCAAAACAUCAUGAAGGCUUUACUUUGUGGGGGUCCAAAUAUUCUUGGAACUGGAACGCUGUUGAUGUGGGACCAAAGCGAGAUCUUGUGGCUGAACUAGAAACAUCUGUCAGAAACAGAACUGACUUGCGUUUUGGUUUAUAUCACUCCCUGUUUGAAUGGUUUAAUCCUCUCUUCCUCGAGGAUGCCACCAAUGUCUUCAAGACACGAAAGUUUUCAACCAGUAAAUCAUUACCAGAACUCUAUGAAAUUGUGACCAAGUACCAACCAGAAAUAGUUUGGUCUGAUGGGGAUGAAAAUGCACCAGAUACUUACUGGAACAGCACUGGUUUUCUAGCUUGGCUGUAUAAUGACAGUCCAGUUCGGGACACAGUGGUGACUAAUGACCGCUGGGGAGUAGGCAGCAUCUGUAAGCAUGGUGGCUUCUACACAUGUAGUGACCGGUACAACCCAGGACACCUUCUGCCUCACAAGUGGGAGAACUGCAUGACUAUUGACAAGAGGUCGUGGGGGUACAGGAGGAACGCAAAUCUUGAAGAUUACCUGACAAUUGAGGACUUGGUGAAGGUACAGUGGGACAAAGGGAAUGUCUUCAACUCCUGGUUAUAUAUUAAUUUUAUAGAAAAUACUGUGAGAAAUGUCAUCUAGUAAAUAUUCAUACAGUUUCUUAGCAGUGAAUUUCCUCUGUGAGUAACCAGUCAAAGACUCAUCUAUAUGAUUGUUUUUCUGGUAACUGCACUUUUGAGUUGAGGAGAAGCAAACAGCACUAGUUUCACAGAGGCUCUUGCUUGAAGGCUGUGUUUUUUUCCCCCUUCUAUCUAGGAACACUUUAUAAGUUAAUACUCUUUUUUAAUUAGCAGCGAGAAACUUUCCUUUUGCUCCAUUUCAUACUUAAAAAAGGGAAAGAAAAAAAGACACUUGUGCUACAGGCAUACAGAUAAACGUGAGCAAAUACAGAUAGUCAGUGUUAAAAUUGAUUCCAUUUGCUAGUCUAAGGUAUUACAAAAAAAAAAAGAUUGGAAGCUUAGGAAAACUGAAUGAUAAGAAGUCUCGUCUUUGAGAUAAAAUGCGUUUAAUUACAAAAUUCAGCUACUGAAGAGGAAGAUUGUUGUUGCUUAAUCCAUGUCCUUUGUAUUGUCCUUGCAAAAGAUAAUUUCAAAUUGAAGCAAUCUCUCUUCAGAGGAGCUGGUUUUAAUUCAUUCAGUAGUUUAUUUCCAGCUGUUUGUUCCUCAGACUCUAGAGUCUCAGCCUGUGAUUUCUGGAGGGUAGUGUGAAUGGGAACACAGAUGCUUCAAGGAC